CAGUGCUGAGUGUUCAUUCGUGCCGAGUGUUUGUGUCGCGUUUGUUUUCAUCCAAAAUGGCGACGGCUCUGUUGCUGGAGCGGGCCGAGGCGAUUUCUUCGAUCGACACCGAGAAGGGCAUCAGCAUUUACAAGGAGAUCGUUUGGAAACUAGACCCUGAUGCGGUGGACGAGGAGUCGAUCCGGAUCAAGGAGCAGGGCAUCAUGCAGCUGGGCGAGCUCUUCAAAAAGGAUAAAAAGGCCAAGGAGCUGGGCGAGCUGAUCAAGGCGACGCGGCCCUUCCUCGCGCUCAUCAGCAAGGCGAAGGCGGCCAAGCUCGUCCGCUCGCUCGUCGACAUGUUCCUCGACCUCGAGGCCGGCAUCGGCAUCGAGGUGCCCCUCUGCCUCGAGUGCAUCGAGUGGGCCAAGCAGGAAAAACGCACCUUCCUCAGGCAGUCUCUCGAGGCCCGCCUCGUCGCCCUUUACUUCGACACCAAGAUGUACACCGAGGCCCUCCACCUCGGCUCCACGCUGCUCAAGGAACUCAAAAAGCUCGACGACAAAAAUCUGCUAGUCGAGGUGCAACUAUUGGAGAGCAAGACGUACCACGCACUGAGCAACCUUCCGAAGGCCCGUGCGGCGCUAACGUCGGCGCGGACGACGGCCAACUCGAUUUACUGCGCCCCGAAGAUGCAGGCGGCGCUGGACCUGCAGUCCGGCGUGCUGCACGCGGCCGACGAGCGCGACUUCAAGACGGCCUACUCGUACUUCUACGAAGCGUUUGAAGGUUACGAUAGUGUGGAGAGCGGCCGCGCUCUCACUGCCCUUAAAUACAUGCUGCUGUCCAAGAUCAUGCUCAACACGCCCGACGACGUCGCCAACAUCGUCAGCGGCAAGCUCGCCCUCAAGUACGCCGGCAGGCACAUCGACGCCAUGAAAAUGGUCGCCACCUCCAGCCACAAACGCUCUCUCGCUGACUUCAAAGUGGCGUUAGAGCAGUACGGAGCCGAGUUGAAGAACGAUCCGAUCGUGCGGGCACAUCUGGACACCCUGUACGACACAAUGCUGGAGCAGAACCUGUGCAGGAUUAUCGAACCUUAUUCCAGGGUGCAGGUUGACUUUAUUGCUAAGACGAUUGCACUUCCGAUGGGCCAGGUGGAGAAGAAGCUGUCGCAGAUGAUCCUGGACAAAAAGUUCCACGGCAUUUUGGACCAGGGCGAGGGCGUGCUGGUGGUGUUCGAGGAGACACCGGUGGACAAGACGUUCGAGUCGUCGCUCGAGACCAUACACAGCAUGGGCAAGGUGGUCGACUCGCUCUACCACAAGGCCAAGAAGCUCUCGUAAGAGCGAACAAUAAAAAAAACUACAAUUCCCCUCCGCUUUGACUGUUUCCUUCUUCGUUUCGGAAAAAAGAGAGCCGCUGAAAUCUGUGAAGUGAUCAGAGACUGCGAUUGAUGAGCUGUAACAAUCGGUCGAUUAUGUGCAUUGUUAGCUUUAGUCGGAAUAAUUCGCUCGUUUGUAAUAAACCGAAUGUUUUAAAAAUUGGA